AUGGCUCAGGGCCACCAGGAAGAUACCAGCUGGAUGUGGCAUCCUACCUUCACUGAGAAUAGGAGAGAUACAGCCGGUCUUGUUGUUCAUUUCCGCCGUACUUUCAGUGUCUCUUCACCGGGGCAUCUACCAACAUUCCUGAGUAUCCAUAUCACAGCCGACACCCGAUACAAACUCUAUGUUAACCGGAAUUUGGCUUUUUUUGGUCCAGUAAAGGGCGAUUCAGCGUUGUGGUUCGAUGAUGCGGUUGACAUCGCUCCCUAUCUCCACGUUGGCCAGAAUGAUAUUCACGUCAGCGUUCUGCGCUUCUUUCACGGAACAGAUCUGGCCACAUCUUUCCCUCGACUCCCUAUCGGAGGCUUGAGAGUUGCUCUUGCCACAGAAUCCUGCCACUGGUCAAAGGUAUUGGGCAGUAGCUCAUCCUGGGACACAGUCAUUGAUCCAUCCAUAACACUGAGGGUUGAUGAGCCUGAGGAUGAUUUCCUCCACAUCUACGAAAACGUCACAGUCCCUGUGGAUGAUGGAUGGGAUUGGCUGCCAGCCAAGAGCUAUGCCUUCCAGAUUUCGACAGGCAAUUCACCACCAUGGAGUCUUGCGCCGCGGAUGAUCCCAAACAUGCGAAGAAGCCGUGGGAGCUUCAUGGCAAUUCACAACGUCCAGAGCUCAGUCGAGGCCUCGAUUUGGAAGAAACUUCUUCUGCCUUCUACACUUGACCAAAAGAUCGAACCCACCGUCCUCGCCCCUGGAUCGAAACACCAAAUUGACUUGGAGAUGACUUACCACACCACCGCCUUUAUCCGCUACCGUUUUGCCCGGCCAGCAUCUAGCGGUGGCACGCUAAAGAUUGUGUACUCUGAGGCAUACGAAGAGGAGCCGACGCUUGUGCCGUAUAUGCGUCGCAAGGCCAACAGGCGGGACUCAAGUCGACUACUGAUCGGUCCCUCAGACAUUUACAGCUUCCAAGGAGCCAGCAGAAAGCUAUCGCUACGGCCCUGGCAACAGCAAGAACACGAGGAGUGCUUUGAGCCCUUCCACUUCAGGACUUUCCGUUUUCUCCGCCUUAUCAUUGAGGUGGGAUCCUCAGACCUGAUCUUCAACGGUGUCGACAUCGAGACCGUCACAUAUCCAUUGGAUGUAACAGCUGAAAUCCUCUCCAACAAAAAUGACGCCCAGAUCUGGGAUACCAGCAUCAGAACCCUCCAGAACUGUAUGCAUGACUGCUACGAAGAUUGUCCUUUUUACGAGCAGCUUCAGUACGCCAUGGACGCGCGCAGCUCUAUUCUCUUCACCUAUCACGUCGCUGGAGACGACCGCCUCAGCCGUCAAGCCAUCAUUCAACUGCACAACUCCUUCCAGUCCCGCGUUGGCUUGACCUCCAGCCGUGCUCCAUCAAACAAGUCGCAAAUCAUCCCCAACUUCUCUUUAUUUUGGAUUUGUAUGAUUGCAGAUCACUACGAGUACUUUGGGGAUGUUUCCUUCAUUUCCCACUUCCUGCCUGUGGUUGAUGCUGUGCUCAAUUACUUCCACGCCCGCAUUGGACCCAACGAUCUCGUAAAGAGCGAUUUCAUCCCCGGUGUGUGGAACUUUGCCGACUGGGCCAAGGAGUGGAGACCUUACGGCAUACCCCCCCUCGCCGAGCAAACCGGCAUCUCAACAUACGUGAACCAGCUCUAUACUUACACGCUCAGACAUGCUGCCACGAUUGUGUCAGCAUCAGGGCGCAGCGGUCUCGCGCAAGAAUAUCUCCAAAGGGCUAACUGUAUCGUGGCAGCUAUACGCUGCCACUGCUUCGACGGUGAGUUCUUCGCCGACAGCUUGGUAGCUGACGCCGAUCGGACGAGGGACUACAGUCAGUUGUGUCAGGCGUGGGCAAUCCUGGGCGGCGUUGUUAGUGGCACCGCUGCCCAGGAUCUGAUGCGAAGGACACUUGCGACUCCUGCCGAAGGAUGUAGGACUUUAGUCCGCGCCUCGACCGUCAUGUCUUUCUAUGUGCUUCGGGCUCUGAGCCAGGCGGGCGGCAGCCUCUACGACGAUCACUUCCACGGGUUCUGGGCCCCAUGGAGAGAGCAACUCGCCCUCAAUAUGACGACCUGGGAAGAGGAUGAUGUUUCUCAGCGAUCGGACUGCCAUGCUUGGGCCUGCGCGCCGCUCUAUGAAUUCACGGCCGAAGUAGCUGGUGUACGUCCGGCUGAACCGGGAUGGGCUGCCAUCCUCUUUCAGCCUCGUUUGAGUCUCUACCCCCGAUUUCGGGCACGCUGUCCUCUGCGCAUGUCCGAGGGAAAGGUCAUUGGAGUUGCUUGCAUUGAGUGGCAUACUAAUGAGCAGUCUGAUGUUAAGGUCACUCUUCGUUUUGAUAUGAAAGGGUCUCAGAUCAUUCCGGUAGUGCUGAGGAUUCCGAGACAGAAGGAAAGAGUAGUGGAUACUACUUCUGAGACAGUGAUUUGGGUCAAGGGGAGCGACGGGGGUUGCAAGAGCGAAGAGAGCCCAAGCUGGAACGUGGUGGACAGUGGCAUUGGGGUCGCAGCGCGAGAGGCACACAGCUUUUAG